AUGAUUAUCGGAUCGUUGAUAUUCUGUGAAAGUUGUGGAAACUUAUUGUCACUACCCGAACACCAUAGUCCUCAAAACUUAAUCCGAUGUGGCCAUUGCAAACAAAGUCAGAAAUUUCACUUACAGGAAGAACUGGCGAUUGUGACCAAGUCGAAUCCUCAUGCAUUUCCAUCAGUACUCCGUCAAAAACGUACACUAGUUCAACAGACAGCCAACUCGGCUGGACACCAGAACGAUCCAGCUGCUGCCCCAUUGAUGGAUGAAAGUUGUCCGAAGUGUCAACACCCUCAGAUGAGAUAUCAUACCCUUCAGCUACGGAGCGCAGACGAAGGAACGACGGUGUUUUACGAGUGUCCUAAUUGCAGCCAUAAAUUUUCGACUAAUAAUUAA